AUGGUUCGUGUCAAAGCUCCUCCCACAGUCCCGAGCACGUCUCUCGAGGGGGUCACUGUAACCUUCGCCUCCUAUUCCGCUAGUUGUCAUCCCGAUUUUGCCUCCAAGACGGUCACCCAAUUGAAAGCUGAGAUUGCUAAAUGUGGUGGAUCUUAUGCCUCAAAGCUUGACCAAUCCACCCAUCUGAUUGCUUCUCCAGCUCAAUUCGAGAAGAACCUUAAGGCUGUCAAGGAAGCCCUUGAGCGAACUGAUGUGACUAUUGUUGACUACGAUUGGCUUGCAGAGUCACUGAAGUCCACCUCGGCGGUGGCAGUUGACAACUAUCUUCUAGACCAUUCGUCUUCAGCUCCAGCUGUCACCAAUGGGACCGGCAAUGCCAACGGCAAUCCAAUUGCUGACGUGGACAGCGACACAGAUACUCAAAAAAAGCCCAACUUGAAGCGAAAGCGAGGAAAGGACAGCAGUGCUCAUCCGGGUGCUAAGUCGUCCACCCCAGCCUCGACUCAAAAGCUACCCACCAGAGCAAAACCAGUCUUGAACAUCCCUGUGGAUGAACAAGUGCCCAACGCACAAAAUUUCACAGUCUAUGUUGACGAUGAUGGACUCGCCUGGGAUGCCACAUUGAAUCAGUCCAACUCAAACGCCAACAAUAACAAGUUCUAUAAGCUACAAAUCCUCAAUGAUGUCAAAGGCUCGAAAUGGUGCUGGACACGAUGGGGCCGUGUUGGUGAGAAAGGCCAGUCGAAAAUGCUCGGCGAUGGCGACUUCAGUCAAGCCAAGCGUGAAUUCGAGAAGAAGUUCAAGGACAAAAACGGCAAUGUUUGGGACAACAGAGAUGGGCCGAUCAAAGCUGGGAAGUACGUCUACAUCGAGAUCAACUACGCAGAAUCAGAUGAUGAAGAUGAGGAUGAGGACGAACCUCUCAAGAAGAAACAAAACGGGACACCCGACAUUGAUGAGGAAGAAGAUGCUGAUGCCGCUCCUGUUGAAUCUUCCCUGGACAAGCCAGUACAGGAGUUGAUGAAACUCAUUUUCGAUCUCAAGUUGUUCGAUUCCACCAUGGCAGCACUGAAUUACGACGCAACAAAGAUGCCUUUGGGGAAGUUGAGCAAAAAGACACUACUCAAAGGCUAUGAGGUUCUAAAAGAGCUUGCUGCUCUUAUUGCCGAUCCAAGUACAGCAGCUUCGACUGGAACAUCUUUUGAUGAUGCUGUUGAUCACAGAAGCAACCUCUACUUCUCGCUCGUCCCUCAUGUCUCGGGACGUAAUCGUCUGCCCACGCUCAGCAACAUGGAUCUUAUUAAGAGAGAGAUCGAGUUGCUCGAAACACUGACAGAUAUGCAACUGGCGAACGACAUUAUGAAAAUGGCCAAAAACAAGAAGGAUCAAGAAAAGGUCCAUGUUCUCGACAGACAAUUCAAAGGGCUUGGCAUGCAGGAGAUGACCCCUCUAGAAAGUAAAAGCAAGGAGUUCAGGGAGAUCGAGACCUACCUUAUGAAGACACAUGGUUCUACCCAUGGCUACAGCUAUAAAGUUGAUGAUAUAUUCCGCAUUGAACGCAAUGGCGAAGAUACCCGUUAUCAAAGCUCGGAAUUCAGCAACAUGGGCGACAAAAGUGAUCGCCGAUUACUUUGGCAUGGAUCACGAGUCACCAAUUUUGGUGGUAUUCUGAGCCAAGGCCUACGUAUCGCACCUCCCGAAGCUCCUGUUUCCGGCUACAUGUUCGGAAAGGGUGUCUAUCUCGCCGACAUGAGCAGCAAAUCCGCAGGAUAUUGUGCUUCGUACAACACCAACGGGACCGGCCUCCUUCUUCUCUGCGAGGCUGAGCUAGGCACACCACCCCUCAAACUCAACGACUCCGACUAUAAUGCUGGUGAGCAUGCUCAAGAAAAGGGACUGAUUUCCACCUGGGGCGUUGGUCAGACGGCACCUCUUGCGUGGAAGGAUGCUGGGGCCAUUCAUUCAAGUCUGAAGGGAGUCCGCAUGCCUGAUGUGGCCAAGAAGGCUCCAGGCCCGACAAAUGAGGAUGGUGCUUGGCUCCUGUACAACGAGUAUAUCGUGUACGAUGUCUCACAGAUCAAGCUGAAGUAUCUGCUCAGAGUCAAGAUGUGA